AUGCCGCCGGCGCGGCCCGACCCUGAGCCGCCGCCUAUCCACCGCCUGCUAGAGCUCAUCAAGUCCGAGCCCGACCCUGCCAACGCGCUCUCCCACCUCGAGCUCCUUGUCUCCACCCGCCCGGCAUUCCCUCCGCCGCAGCCGCUCAUCUUCCACCUGCUCCGCCGCCUCGCCACCUCCUCCCCGUCGCACCUCCCGAGGCUGCUGGGUCUCCUCCCGCGCAUGCGCCAUCGACCGCGCUUCUCCGAGUCCGCGGCGCUCGUUGUUCUGUCGGCCUUCUCCCGCGCCCUCAUGUCCGACGCGGCCCUCGCCGCGUUCCGCGAUCUCCCCUCCUUCCUCGGCUGCAACCCCGGCGUCCGCUCCCACAACGCCCUCCUUGACGCGUUUGUCCGCGCUCGUCGGUACUCCGACGCUGACGCGUUCUUCGCCUCACUCUCCCACGGUGCCUUCGGCCGCCGCCUCGCCCCUAACCUCCAGACCUACAACAUCAUCCUCCGCUCUCUUUGUUCCCGCGGAGACGUCGAUCGCGCAGUGUCGCUCUUCAGUUCUUUGCGUCGUCGUGGAGUGGCCCCCGACAGAGUAACCUACUCCACCCUCAUGUCAGGGCUGGCGAAACAUGACCAGUUGGACAACGCACUUGACCUGCUCGACGAAAUGCCGAACUAUGGAGUGCAGGCUGAUGCCGUUUGUUACAAUGCGUUGCUCAGUGGGUGUUUCAAAACUGGCAUGUUCGAGAAAGCCAUGAGGGUCUGGGAGCAACUGGUGAGGGAUCCUGGUGCAAGUCCUAACCUUGCCACUUACAAAGUGAUGCUUGAUGGCCUGUGUAAGCUUGGGAGGUUUAAGGAGGCAGGGGAGGUAUGGAGUAGGAUGAUGGCUAAUAAUCACCAACCAGAUACUGUUACUUAUGGGAUCUUGAUUCAUGGGCUGUGCCGAUCUGGGGAUGUGGAUUCUGCGGCACGGGUCUACUCGGACAUGGUCAAGGCUGGGCUUGCUCUUGAUAUCGCUGUGUAUAAUUCACUCAUUAAGGGGUUCUGUGAAGUGGGAAGAACAGGUGAGGCUUGGAAAUUCUGGGAUUCCACAGGUUUCUCUGGCAUUCGUCAAAUAACAACUUAUAAUAUAAUUAUGAAGGGGCUGUUGGACAGUGGAAUGGUCAGUGAAGCUACAGAGUUGUUGAAACAACUGGAGAAUGAUGCUUCAUGCUCCCCUGACAAGGUGACUUUUGGCACACUGAUCCAUGGUCUGUGUGAGAAUGGCUAUGCUAACAGGGCAUUUGAAAUCUUGGAGGGCGCACGGAAUAGUGGGGAAGAAUUAGAUGUGUUCUCAUACUCAUCGAUGAUAAAUAGAUUUUGUAAGGAUGGAAGAACACAUGAUGCAAAUGAGGUAUAUAAGGAUAUGGUGAAGGAUGGUUGCAAACCGAAUUCUCAUGUUUACAAUGCACUAAUAAAUGGUUUCUGCCGAGCGUGCAAGAUUAAUGAUGCUGUUAAAAUUUACAUUGAAAUGACCAGCAAUGGUUGUUGCCCAACCAUCAUCACAUAUAACACACUAAUAGAUGGUUUGUGUAAGGCUGAAAAGUAUCAAGAAGCUUCAAGCUUAACAAAGGAAAUGCUAGAGAGAGGUUUUAAACCAGAUAUCAGAACUUAUGCCUCUUUGAUUCGUGGCCUUUGUCGAGAUAAGAAGGUUGAUGCCGCCCUUCGUAUUUGGGAUGAAAUUCUUGAUGCGGGUCUUCAGGUUGAUGUAAUGGUGCACAACAUCUUAAUUCAUGGUCUUUGUUCUGCUGGGAAAGUAGAUGAAGCUUUUUGUAUUUAUUUGGAGAUGAAAGAAAAGAACUGUUCCCCAAAUCUAGUGACCUAUAACACAUUGAUGGAUGGAUUUUAUGAGACUGGUUCUAUUGAUAAAGCAGCAUCUCUUUGGACUGCCAUUUUAGAUAAUGGUUUGAAACCAGAUAUUGUUACAUACAAUACAAGAAUUAAGGGUCUGUGCUCUUGUAAUAGGACACCAGAAGGAGUCCUGUUAUUGAAUGAGGUGCUUGCAACAGCAUAUCGGACUUGGUUGGAUGAGGAUGCUCGUGCAGGUGCUGUUCUAACUGCUAGCAUGGAGGAACAUUUGACUGCCGAUAUUGUAGAGCUUGACUAUGCUUCUCAGAUGUGGGCUUUUCCUCGCAAGUGUUAUGAGCCCUCUGGUCAGUCCACAUACAUUGCGGCUUUACGCCAAGAGCAGUUGUUGCAACAGGGUGAUGCUACAAUUGAGGAGUUCUUUAACCAGCUCUCUAGUGUGUGGCGUGAGCUUGACACUCUGAGUCCUCAGCUGUCCCCUGCCACUUGUGAGUCCUGCAGGAAGCAACAGAGCCACCUUGAGCUUCGGCGCACCUACGAUUUUCUGACUCGCCUUCGUGCUGAGUUUGAGCCUCUUCGUACUCAGUUACUAGCUCGUGAACCCUGUGUGUCCCUGAUGGAUGCUCUUGCUGCUGUUCGGAAUGAAGAAAUCCGUCUUCGUUCUGUUGGCUUGCUGCAGUCAGCUGCCUCGUCAGUGCUGGCUGUUCGCUCUGCACCUCCAUCCAUGACAACUUCUGGACUUCCUACACCCCUCCCUACAGCACCUUCGUCAGCGGUGUCCUCCUCUGGGAGUGGUAGUACUGGUGGACUUCACUGCAAUUACUGUGAAAAAGAUGGACAUGUUGAAGAUUAUUGUUAUAAGAAGAAGAGGAAGGAGAAGGCUCAUUCACGCCGAGGUGGUCGUUCCUCACAGGGUUCUGAUCGUUCUACUGCUGGACCCUCUUCGAGUAGCUUGGCUGGUUCUGAGACACAGGAGAUACUCAUGUUGCUUCAUCGGCUAGCUCCCUCUGUGCCUGCUGGAGCUGCUGGUCCUGUCACCCCAGUCUCUGCACCUUCGGUUUCUGCCGCUGCCUCACAGUCAUCCACUGGGGAACCACCGUUCACUUCAGGUACCUUGCCAUGGAUUCUUGAUUUUGGUGCUUCGGGCUUCUAUGCAUAUAUGCCCAUGUACAUGUUUGGGCUGAAGCCUACCGAAUGA